GGAUCUAAUGUCAGGAAUAAGGUGUAUGAGCCAUGGAUCAGAACAGCAGCAGUAAGGACCUGGUUCUAGUUGGUAGUGACCACUAUCUGGUGAUGGUGAGGACAACAAUAGUGCAGGUGUUUGUGUGGUUCUUCAUCUAUGUUGACAUGCUCAUGCUCUUCACCUUCUUCAGUAAGCAGGCUUUCCGGAGCGAUGCACGCUACAUCCUGUUUGCUCACACCCUGCUGGGAGACUCUGUACUCCUGCUGCUCACUGACCUGGUGGUGCUGCUUGGCUACUUCCGUGUGCUCAUGCCUGUCAGUCACUGCGUCGUGCUCUGCAUUCUCAUGGGGAUCGUUGUCAAAAACACGCCCUACACCAUCACCGCUAUGUGCCUGGAGCGCUACGUGGCCAUCUGCAUGCCGCUUAGACACGCCAGCAUUUCCACCACCGGCAGGACCAUGGUUGCCAUCGCUGUCGUCUGGGCAUUCAGCUCGGUCAAAGUCAUGAUGGACCUCGCCAUCCUCGUUGUUACGGCCCCACCAGGCUACUUUGCCAAGCCCACUUCAUGCUAUUAUCAAGUCAUGCUGGUGACUGAGUGGCACAAUCUCAUGCAUAUCAUCUUAAAUGAGAUGGGCUUCGGCAUUAUUAUGGUGAUCAUACUGUUCUGCUACACCAAGAUCAUGCUGGCAGCUCAGGCUGCCUCUGGAGAGAAUAAGCAGUCUGUGUCAAAGGGGCGACGCACACUCCUUUUCCACGGCCUGCAGCUCAUUCUGUGCAUGGCCGACCUGUGGACCCCCUAUAUACUGGCUGCUGUUCAGAAGCAAAGUCCACACUUGUACCUGACCAUCCGAUUCUUUAUUUUCAUUGCUUUUACCAUUAUCUCAAGAGCCCUGAGUCCCCUUAUCUAUGGCCUUCGGGAUAAAAAGUUUUUCCUUGCCCUGAAAUAUUACAUGAGCUGCAAGGUGUACCGCUCUCUGGAGAAACGUAGCAGCUUAGAAUGAAUGUGCAACAGAGAAAGCCACAGAAAAUAUACUUCCAUGCUCAUUGGACUCCCAAAAAAGGAUUCAGCUAAAUUUGAUGUAAGUUUGCAUGGCUUUUAAGGAAGAAGUGAAAUAAAAUAUCACCCUAAAUUCCAGUGUGUUAUAGCCUUUCCAUCUUCUAGUUCCUAUCAUUUUAUAUUGUAUAAAUUUAAUUAAAACAAAUAAUUUUCCAGGAUACUGCCCCACCCUACAUUUCAGACUUAUAGUUCAGCAAACCUGUGACGUCUUGCUUGUGUUUUUCAAGUUUAAAGAGCAUUGUAACAAAAUUGAACCUUUAAGGCAGUUUUCAAAAAAGGUUAGUCGAUGCACAAGCUGUGUGCUGGUGCCCCAAGCUUGAUAUGAAGUGAUCUCAAUCCCUUAAAAUAAAAAGUGCAGCACGUUUUUCAGAGAAAGAGAACAAGUAAUCAAACUGUAUUUAUAAACACAUAUUACUCAAUGUUUGUCUAUUUUUAAUAAAAAGAAAAACUGUAGCCAUGUCAGGUACAUUUUAUGUUUCCUCACCAUCACGACAUCACAAACCAGCGCAUUUGAGACAUACUGAGUGACAUCUCAUGGCUGAGUUUAGGGACCUUUUUCAUUUCCGUUAGAAAUGGCUUUCAAGACAAUUAGUUGCCAGCACCAGAUUGUAGGAAAUAGUGCCAUCUGCUGAUGACAAUAAGAGAAAAUAAUUUGAUUGAGCUCAGUGUUGAGGUAUACAAGUGUAUCUUUACACUUUUAACAACAAACUGUCACGUGUACGCUGGGUAUUUCAAAGUACUCACUUGAAGGCAUUACCUGAAUUUGAAUAUCUUGUAUAUUUUUUGUGUCUAGCCUUUCACCCGAUAUGAAAUUAUCCCAAAUUGGAGUACUUUUUAAUGAUGACAAAUAAUUUCAGUGUACAUCUACAGUGAACACAGUGAUAUUGUGACAAUACAUGUAUGCAGUGGCAAAACAUUUGAACAUUUUGUCAGCACGUUUCCCUUAAUAAAUGCGAUGCUAUUCCA